GCGUCCAUUAUCGGACUUAGCAAGGCAGUGUCAGACUCCGGUAGUACAAAGGGAGUAGUGUAGCAAGGUGGUAAGGAUUAAUGAAUAAUGGAAUAAUGGAAGAGAGGCUGACAUUUUGCAUUCAACAAAAUCAUUUUACCUGAAACAGGUAGGAUCAAACUGUAACCAUGUAAACAUCAGUCUGGAAUAGUACGGUUGCGCCACAGUAUCAGACGUGUUGAUUCGGUAUUAGGUCAUUUGUGCACUGUAGGGUAUUGUGGUCCGGUUUGAAAAGAACUUGGUCAAAUGAAGCUUUGGAUGUCAUCGAUCACAUGAUAUUAUACUAAAAUAACUUUCAGUUUUAGUCACAUUCAUAUCAUUUGAAUAACAGUUGUGUAUAGUUAUUGUCAAAUUUACCAAUCACAGAUAUUUACUCAUUAACCUAUAGUAGUCUAAACAUAUCACCAUAUCAAAUAAGGCUAAUGGGACAUAUCAUAAUGUUUGACUUACAAUGUUGAUUUUACCUACAAUUAGACCUAUUUAUUAACAUUUUAAGUGCAGCAUUGUGCACAUAAUGAAAGCAUGAAAUUAGUGAAAUGUAAUGAGCCAGUGGAAAACACAUGUUGCACAUGCCUUAUUGUUCGAGGAGUUUAAUUCAUAUGGAUGGAAAUAUCAGUUUGAAAGGUAAGAAUGAGGGGAGAAUAGAAGAUUCAAAAAUGUUUUGAUAGUUAACAAAUUAGGGUAUAUCCAUAUCUCCAGGCACCAACCCACGGUAUUUGCCUGUGCAUAUAUCGUAUGUGGGUGAUUAGAACUGCAAUUUAUACCAUGCCUGUCAUGUAUGUUGUAAGUUUGUGUGGGUGGUGGGCUGUACAAACUGACACUUAGCCAUGGGCUGGAAUACUACGUGACGGUGAUUGCGGAGUGGCAGGUGCCUGGGAGCCGACGGAUUAGUGCAGAUGGACUUAGCCCAAGGACUUACAAAGUGGACGACAAGGAACAGAAUGGCAAGGGGGGAACGUGGAGAGAGGUUGCAGGCAUGCUAAACUGCUUGGAGCCACACCCUAAUUUCACAAUUUUGGCCACUUGCAUUCCUCAUGACAGACAACCACAGAGGCUAAGUGCUACCAGGAAUGGAUAAGGUUGGCAGCCUGACAGAAUGUUUGAAGCUGAGAAUCAGUCUGACCCUCAACCAGCAAAACAUGUUAUGUUGUAAAGGACUGCUCGAAUGGUGGAGAAAGCACCUUGAUGAAAUGCCAAAAAGAUUCAAGCUGACCUUUAGUCACAAGGGUUUGGUCUGAAAGAUGGGGAUGGGAAUCACACGUUCUCAUGUGUUCUUUGUGACUGGGCUGUGUGUAGGAUUUCUGUACAUGCAUUACAUUGUGUACUCUGACCCCAGUACAGCAGAACCAGCUUUUUUUCCUCUGGGUCAUACCAGUUCACCAAAAAACAUUCUGUUUGACAAGAAUGAAAGCACUCUGUCCCAGAAUGUUCGAGUACUAUGUUGGAUCAUGACUGGACCCAGAAACCUGGAGUCUAGAGCCAAACACAUUCGGGCAACUUGGGCCAAACGAUGUAACAAGAUCUUGUACAUGAGCUCAGUGGAGACAGAUUUCCCCACAGUGGGACUCAACGUCUCUGAGGGACGAGACCAGCUUUACUGGAAGACAAUCAGGGCCUUCCAGUACAUCUACCAACACCACCAAAAUGACUACGACUGGUUUCUCAAAGCCGACGAUGACACGUUUGUGGUUAUUGAAAACCUCCGCCACAUCUUGUCCAAACAAGACCCAAAGAAGCCUGUGUAUUUUGGGCGAAGGUUUGCCCCAUUCGUACAUCAGGGUUACAUGAGUGGUGGAGCUGGCUAUGUUCUCAGUAAAGAAGCCCUCAAACGAUUUAUUGAAGGAUUUGACAAAGGGAAAUGUACCCAUUUCUCCACCAUAGAAGACAUGGCUCUGGGGAAGUGUAUGGAGACCAUGAAUGUAGAGCCCGGGGACUCGAGAGAUGUGAAGGGAAGACAGACGUUUCACCCCUACCCACCAGACAAGUACCUGAUCAAACAGCAACCUAGGAAACGGCCCUGGUAUCUCAUAUAUGACCACUACAAACCCAGAGAAGGCCCAGAAUGUUGUUCAGAUCAUGCUGUGUCAUUCCACUAUAUCUAUCCUGUACAGAUGUACAUGCUGGAUUACUUCACCUACCAUCUACGGCCCUACGGAUACAAGUACAGAUACAACCCUGAUGUUACAACGACUGAAGUUGAGAGUAACAACACCACAACUGUCUCUGAUUAAUACAGAGACAUCAACAACAGACGACUGCACUUGAUUGUGGACAAAGACUUAAAGAUUGCAAAUACAUAUAAUCAAGUAAGAGAUUGACAAUAACCAAUGGGUGCAAUAUUUUUUUUUAAUUAAAUAUUGUACACUUGUUUUAUGAGGUAUGUUGACUGAGAACACAAUCUCACAGAAAUGUUUCAUUACUGCAGUGCCUUUGCGAAAGUAUUCAAACCCCUGAACAAUUCUAAAACUUUACAAAUGUUGUUCUGUUUGUAAACACUGACUCUGAAUCUAUUAUUGUAAAUUGGUUUGUUGUUGAGAAAUACUUGUAAGUAAAAUAAAAUACUGAAAUAGGA